AUGGAGGAUAUAAUGGAGAAAGUGGAAUCCAAGACGAGUAAGAGACGUCAGUCCACGGCCACUCAUGACUCGAAGCCCCAGGCUGGGGAUAUGGAGUUGCUAGCGACACUUGGAUACAAGCAGGAAUUGCGGCGCCAUUAUUCGACGCUUCAGAUAUUUGCUGUCGCCUUUAGUAUUAUGGGGCUUUUGCCUUCCAUUGCGACUACGUUGGCGUUCUCAAUGCCCGCUGGUCCGGUGGGAAUGGUUUGGGGUAUGCAACUAUCUUUCCAGAAGUGGAGUUCCGGAUGGUUGGUUGCAAGUUGCUUUAUCUUCAUUGUGAGCUUGGCAAUGGCCGAUCUGGCAUCCGCAAUGCCCACCGCAGGCGGACUCUACUUCUGGACACACUACUUCGCAGCCGAGAAAUGGAAGAACCCGCUCAGUUUCCUCGUCGGAUAUAGCAACACCAUCGGCUUGAUCGGAGGCAUAUGCUCUAUUGACUAUGGUUUCGCCAACAUGCUCCUCUCAGUAAUAUCCCUAGCCCGCGACGGCAACUGGUCCGCAACAAGACCAAUCAUCUACGGCACAUACGUAGCAACAGUCGUCUCGCACGGCCUCAUCGCCAUCUUCUUCGCCCGCAUCAUGCCGAAAAUCCAAUCAGCCUGUAUCUUCCUCAACAUCGCUCUCGUGGUAGCAACCGUCAUCGCCCUACCAAUCGGCAAAAACAAGAACAGCCCGCCCGUCAACCCGGGCUCGUAUGUUUUCGGAGAGGUUCAGAACUUAACUGCGUGGCCCACUGGUUGGGCAUUCAUCAUGGCGUGGCUCUCGCCCAUCUGGACUAUCGGCGCGUUCGAUUCCUGCGUACAUAUGAGCGAGGAGGCGACGCAUGCUGCUCGCGCUGUCCCGUUGGGGAUUAUCUCCUCCGCUGGGUUGUGUGGUAUUCUGGGCUUUUUCUCGCUGGCGGUUAUUGCCGCUUCGAUGGAUAGGAAUAUCGAGGGGAUUUUGAACUCAAAGUUCGGACAGCCUAUGACUCAGAUCUACUACGAUGCACUCGGCAAAAAUGGAGCCCUGGGCUUCAUGGUCGUGGUAAUGAUCGUCCAAUUCUUCAUGGGAUUGAGUAUCGUCCUAGCCGCCUCCCGCCAAAGCUGGGCUUUCUCCCGCGACGGCGCCCUCCCUCUAUCCUCCUUCUUCCGGAAAGUAAGCCAGCGCAAAAUCAUGCGCUACCAGCCAGUCCGCAUGGUCUGCGGUGUAGUCCUUGCAUCAGCAAUUAUCGGCCUCCUCUGUCUAAUCGACGAAGCCGCCUCCAACGCCCUCUUUUCCCUCGCCGUAGCCGGAAACGACCUCGCCUGGCUAACGCCCAUCCUGGCGCGUCUGCUCUGGGGCGGUGAUCGCUUUAUCCCCGGUGAAUUUUAUACGGGUAAGUAUCUCAGUAAGCCUAUCGGCUGGGUUGCCGUCAUCUAUAUGGUGUUCGUUAUUGUUCUUACCAUGAUUCCUUCUGAGGGGCCGAAUCCGUCGCCGCAAACUAUGAAUUAUACGGUUGUUAUUAAUGGGAGUCUUUGGGUUGGGGCGUUGGUUUAUUAUUAUCUUCAUGCGAGGAAGACGUUCAAGGGGCCUUUGACUACUGUUAGUCCGGAAGAUGAGGGGAAGGCUUUGGAGCAGGAUCCUAAAUAG